UACGAGAUGUUGGGAUUUUUGAGGCAGCCACUAGUGGUGACAGCGGACAUCAACCUGAACAUCGUAGCUCUUACUGGAGUGGGAUUGCUGAGUAGACUGUGGCGACUCACCUCCCCGCGGGCUGUGGUUUUUGAUGAAGUAUAUUAUGGACAGUACAUCUCUUUCUACAUGAAACGGAUCUUCUUCUUAGAUGGCAGCGGACCACCUUUGGGCCACAUGCUGCUGGCCUUGGGAGGUUAUUUAGGAGGAUUUGAUGGUAACUUUUUGUGGAACAGAAUUGGAGCAGAAUAUAGCAGCAACGUGCCUGUCUGGUCCUUGCGCUUGCUGCCAGCUCUCGCAGGGGCCUUCUCGGUCCCCAUGACCUACCAGAUAGUGUUAGAACUCAACUUUUCUCACUGCACCGCCAUGGGAGCUGCUCUCUUGAUGCUGAUAGAGAAUGCGCUCAUCACUCAGUCAAGACUGAUCCUCCUGGAAUCCGUGCUUAUAUUUUUUAACCUGUUGUCAGUGUUGUCCUACCUGAAGUUUUCCAACCUCCAAAAACACAGUCCUUUCUCUGGCAGCUGGUGGUUUUGGUUAGUGCUGACGGGAGUUGCUUGUUCCUGCACAGUUGGCAUAAAAUACAUGGGUCUGUUUACAUACUUGCUUGUGCUCUGUAUUGCUGCUGUCCACACUUGGCACCUGAUUGGAGAGCAGACCUUAUCGAACGUGUGUGUAUUCUGUCACCUGCUGGCCAGAGCAGUGGCUUUAUUGGUCAUCCCAUCCCUCAUGUACUUACUUUUCUUCUACGUCCACUUGAUUCUACUCUACCGCUCUGGGCCCCAUGAUCAAAUCAUGUCGAGUGCAUUCCAGGCCAGCUUGGAGGGAGGACUGGCCCGAAUCACACGGGGCCAGCCCCUGGAGGUGGCCUACGGCUCCCAGGUCACUCUGAAGAACGUCUUUGGCAAGCCCGUGCCCUGCUGGCUUCACUCCCACCAGAACACCUACCCCAUGAUAUAUGAGAAUGGCCGGGGAAGCUCCCAUCAGCAGCAGGUGACUUGUUACCCCUUCAAAGAUGUCAACAACUGGUGGAUUAUAAAGGAUCCUGGGAGACACCAGCUGGUGGUGAACAACCCUCCGAGGCCAGUACGGCAUGGAGACAUCGUGCAACUGGUACAUGGCAUGACCACCCGCCUCCUCAACACGCAUGAUGUCGCAGCCCCUCUGAGCCCUCACUCCCAGGAGGUCUCCUGUUACAUUGACUACAACAUCUCCAUGCCUGCUCAGAACCUCUGGAGACUGGAGAUUGUCAACCGAGAAUCAGAUGCAGAUAUCUGGAAGACAAUAAUGUCCGAGGUUCGGCUGGUGCAUGUGAACACGUCUGCCAUCUUAAAGCUGAGCGGGGCGCACCUUCCUGACUGGGGCUUCCGGCAGCUAGAGGUGGUUGGGGAGAAGCUAUUCAGGGGCAUGUUCCAUGAGAGCAUGGUGUGGAACGUGGAAGAGCACCGGUAUGGGAAAAGCCAGGAGCAGAAGGAGAGGGAGCUGGAACUGCACUCACCUACGCAGGUUGAUGUCAGCAGAAACCUCAGCUUCAUGGCCAGGUUCUCCGAACUACAGUGGCGAAUGCUGACAUUGAGGGCCGACGACUCGGAGCACAAGUACAGCUCCACCCCACUGGAGUGGGUCACCCUGGACACCAACAUUGCCUACUGGAUGCACCCUAAGACCAGUGCGCAGAUUCACCUACUGGGGAACAUCGUGAUCUGGGCUUCGGCCAGCCUCGCCAUGGUGACCUACGCUCUACUCUUCUUGUGGUACCUGCUCCGACGGCGAAGGAACACCUGCGACCUCCCAGAGGAUUGCUGGCUACGCUGGGUGCUGGCUGGGACCCUGUGCUGUGGGGGCUGGGCAGUGAACUACCUCCCCUUCUUCCUGAUGGAGAAGACACUCUUCCUCUAUCACUACCUGCCGGCGCUCACUUUCCAGAUCAUCCUGCUCCCUGUGGUCUUGCAGCACGUGAGCGACCACCUGUGCAGGUCUCAGCUGCAGAGGAACAUCUUCAGUGCCCUGGUGGUGGCAUGGUAUUCCUCCGCCUGUCACGUGUUCAACACCCUGCGCCCACUCACAUACGGGGACACGUCUCUCUCCCCAAGUGAACUCAGGGCCCUUCGUUGGAAAGACAGCUGGGACAUCUUGAUCCGAAAGUACUAA